AUGCCUCGACGCGCUGCUUCCCCGGCGCCCUCCGAGAACGAGGUCGACAUUCUCGGCUCUCUGUUCACCGACGGCGCUAAUGAUGGGGACGCCGACUUCCGGGCUGGGAAUGCGCAGGACGGCUUCGGCUUCGACGCGGGUGGCAUCCUCGAUGCUGACGACGGCGGCGGCGAUGGAGAGGGCGACGAGGCUUUCAUCGCCCUGAAGCAGGCUGCAUCUUUCCGCAAGAACACCAACCUGAAGGGCAAAUCGGUCAAGAAGGGCGGCGGCUUCCAGGCCAUGGGACUGAAUGCCAAUCUUCUCCGGGCUAUCACCAAGAAAGGUUUCUCCGUGCCCACCCCCAUCCAGCGCAAGACCAUCCCUCUCGUGCUCGACCGCAAAGAUGUCGUCGGUAUGGCCAGAACCGGUUCGGGAAAGACGGCCGCCUUCGUCAUCCCCAUGAUCGAACGACUCCGAGCCCACAGCCCGACCGUCGGCGCCAGGGCCCUCAUUCUCUCCCCGUCCCGCGAGCUGGCCCUUCAGACACUGAAGGUCGUCAAGGAGUUCAGUCGAGGCACCGAUCUCCGCUGCAUCUUGCUUGUUGGAGGUGACCACAUGGACCAGCAGUUCAGCGACAUUGCCUCCAACCCGGACAUCAUGAUCGCCACACCCGGUCGUUUCCUGCAUCUCAAGAUCGAGAUGGGCCUGAGCCUGUCCUCCAUCCGCUACAUCGUCUUCGACGAGGCCGACCGACUCUUCGAACAGGGUUUCGCCCCCCAGCUCACCGAGAUUCUGCAUGCCUUGCCGCCGUCGAGGCAGAGUCUGCUGUUCUCUGCCACUCUCCCUGCGUCCUUGGUCGAGUUUGCCCGCGCCGGUCUACAGGACCCGACCCUGGUGCGACUGGACGCCGAGACCAAGGUUUCCCCCGACCUUGAGAGCGCCUUUUUUAGCGUAAAGGGCGCAGAAAAGGAGGGUGCUUUAUUGCACAUCCUUCAGGACAUUAUUAAGAUGCCGGUUGGCCUGCCUGAAGGUGCCGACGCCGACGCCGAGAAAUCAUCCAAAAAGAGGAAGCGUGAUCCGGAUGCCCCUAGGGUCAGGGAGAAGCCGACGGAACAUUCCACAAUCGUCUUUGCAGCAACCAAGCACCACGUCGAAUAUCUGGCCGCCGUACUGAUCGAAGCUGGUUACGCAGUCUCCUACGUGUACGGUUCCUUGGAUCAGACGGCCCGUAAGGACCAGGUCGAAAACUUCCGGCGAGGACGGUCAAAUGUUCUUGUCGUCACUGAUGUGGCUGCUCGUGGAAUUGAUAUUCCUAUUCUCGCCAACGUCAUCAACUACGAUUUCCCUCCCCAGCCCAAGAUCUUUGUGCACAGAGUCGGUCGUACGGCUCGAGCUGGGCAGCGGGGUUGGAGUUACUCUCUUGUCAGAGAAACCGAUGCGCCGUAUCUGAUCGAUCUACAACUGUUCCUGGGCAAGAAGCUCGUGACGGGUCGCGAUGGCGAGGGUUCAAACUACGCCGAGGACGUCACAGUUGGCGCCCCUAUGCGGAGCAGGGUUGAAGCUAAUGUUGAAUGGUUGAACAAGCUCUUGUCAGAGAACGCCGACAUCACCGCACUGCGCCAGGUCUCGGCAAAGGCAGAGAAGCUCUACUUGAGGACGAGGAACUCGGCCUCGAGUCAGAGUGCCAAGCGGGCAAAAGAGGUCGUUUCUACGAAGGGAUGGGUGGAACUUCACCCCGUAUUUGGCGGAGAAGCUGGUGACAUGGAGAAUGCCAGGGCUGAUAUGCUCGCCAGGAUCAGCGGAUAUCGGCCACCAGAGACGAUUUUUGAGAGCAAACUGGCCAAUGGCAACAAGGUCUCAGCCAAUACCGGUGCUGCAGAGAUCAUGCGCAAUCUACGAAAGAGGAUCACACCUCGUAACCAAGUCAAAGAGGACAAAACUUCCGGCGAUGCUGAUGAAGACUCCGCAAUGGAAGAUGCCGAGAUGGACGGAUUCGAGGACGAGGAUGAGGAUGAGGACGAGAUUGAGGUCGCUGACGAGGAGCUUGGUAACGUUGGGGACGACACGGACUCAGACCUCGAAGUCACGAUAUCGAGCGGCAAGAAAUCGGACAACAAGACACCGUCAUCCUGGGCAGAUUCCGAGGUCUUCAUGUCGUACACACCCCGCACGAUCAACGCUGCGGAAGAAAAGGGAUAUGGUGUGCAUUCCGGUGGCAAUUUUGUCGAAAAUGCCAGGGGUGUGACUAUGGAUCUCACAAAUGACGAAGGGGCAAAGUCCUUCGGCGCGCCCGCUAGGUCCAAGAUGCGCUGGGACCAGAAGAGCCGGAAAUACGUAGCCAGAGACAACGACGAGGACGGCUCCAAGGGUGCCCGUCUGGUGCGCGGCGAGUCGGGCGUCAAGAUUGCCGCCUCGUUCCAGAGCGGCCGCUUCGACCGGUGGAAGAAGUCGCAGCGCCUCAAGAUGCCGCGCGUGGGCGAGGCCGAGAAGAACUGGGGCCCCAACGGCCCGGGCGCGCCGCCCUCGGGCACGCGCUACAAGCACAAGAUGGUCAAGGCGCCCAAGGAGGCCGACAAGUUCCGCGACGACUACCACGUGCGCAAGAAGCGCGUCGACGAGGCCAAGGAGCAGCGCGUCGGCCGCUUCCACGAGGGCGCCGGCGACAAGAGGGAGAUCAAGGGCGCCGACGACGUCAGGAAGGCCAGGAAGCUGAAGCAGAGGCGCCUGGAGAAGAACGCCAGGCCGAGCCGUGGCGGCCGUGGCGGCCGUGGCAAGAAGUGA